AUGGCUAUGGCUCUCUUAAUUUCUGUGCUGUUGCUUUUCUUCUUCCCUCUGAGAAACAAUGCUCAGCUGCCUCAACCUCCUAAUCCUGGCUUCUCAGUUAGUACAAGAUUUCCACCCGUCGAUUUCAAGCAAUGGUUUAAAAGUCUGUGGGGUCCUCAAAAUCAACGGCUAGACGGUGAAACACUCACAGUGUGGCUUAAUCAGAAGUCAGGAAGUGGAUUCACAUCAAAGCAUGCCUAUUGGGCCGGUUAUGUUUCGGUUGAAAUGAAGCUUCCGUCUGGGUACACGGCUGGAAUCGACACAUCUAUUUAUUUAACGAGCACUAGAAAUUACGCGGACGAACAUGAUGAGCUGGACUUUGAAUUUCUGGGGAAUAUAGAAGGGAAGCCUUAUGUGCUCCAAACGAAUGUACUGACGAAGCAGAGUACUGAGGCAGAUGGGUAUACUCAAGGCAGAGAACAGCAAUUUAACCUUUGGUUUGACCCUACCGCAGAUUUUCAUAGAUAUGCUAUUUUAUGGAAUCCAAAGGAGAUCAUGUAA